ACGCGUGUUUGCUGUAUAAUGAAUCAGUGAUCUCACGAAAUGGACGACACUGAGAGCACUACCACGUCUGCUGAUGAGAAUACUGGUAAUUUGUGCGACAACCCUACAAGGGAUACUUUGGCAGAAGGCUUGCUUGGUCUUUUGAAGCCUACUGUAGACCAACUCGACGACAGAGUUAGGGCUACGAGGAUAUCUCAAUUGGAGUUGAAGCAGCAGAUAGACUCUUUGAACGAGGAGUUGCAGAACGUGCGCGAGGCUUUGAACAACCAUCCCGACUUAGACCCGUAUGUGAAGAAGCUGAUAUCUUGCAAACACAAGGUCACUGUGGUGCUGAAUGUGUUGCAGGCUUCACAGGACAGACUCAAUGAAAUAAGACGAAUGGUGAGCAAGGAGAAGAGUGUACGCACUACAGUACUACCAGAGCAGCCACCUCCGGAGCCAGAACAGAGCACCAGCGGAGUGGUCACAGACCGAGGAAGCAUAAACUGACACCAUGGAGACUCCCUAUCAGAACCACAUUGACAAGGCUGACUUCGAUCAUGUGUACGAGCCUGCCGAAGACAGCUUCCUACUCAUAGAUGCCUUAGAGAAGGACCUAGAAUAUUUAAAGAAGAAAAACCCCACAUUUUGUUUAGAAGUUGGGUCUGGGAGUGGCGUAGUAAUAACAGCUUUUGGUAUGGCCUUCCCACAAACAUUUUGUUUGAGCACUGAUAUUAAUUUUAAGGCUUGUGUGAUGUCCAAGCAAACUGCGGCUUACAACAAAGUUAAUUUAGAUACAUGUAACAUGGACUUGAUGAGUUCCUUUACUGAUAAUGUGUUUGAUGUUAUCAUUUUUAAUCCACCGUAUGUGGUUACUGAGAGUGAGGAGUGUGGAGGAUGUGACAUUACGGCUAGUUGGGCAGGUGGUACAAAAGGGCGAGAGAUUACCGACAGACUACUCAACAUGAUACCAAAGAAACUAGCCAAUGAUGGAGUCUUCUACCUUCUGCUUAUUGAAGAAAACAUUCCCGAUGAAGUUGUUCAAAUAAUGUUUGAUUAUGGAUAUAAAUCUGAUGUUGUAUUGAAGAGGAAGGUUCGAAAUGAACAACAAUUAGUUUUUAAGUUUUUUCGAUAAUGUUGUAAUAUGCAAUAUUUGUAGCCAGGUUCUUUGAAUAUAAGUUUCUUGCCCGGUUCACAUGACAUUGUCUCUUUAAAGCCAGUCAGACUCCAGCUGUCACACAAGAGCUGUAGUAACUAUGGUCAUGCAACAACAAGCAGCACAUUACUACAGUUUUAAUAUUGAAAUAUUGUGAACUGGGCAUCUGUCUAGUUAUAAAUUAUAGCUAGCUUAUAGAACUACAAACUACAAUUUAAAAUAUUGCAGUCAUUUUGUUGUAUAUUAAAUAAGUAUAAAAAUAAUAUAUUAUAAAAUAUAUGUAACAAUAUACAUGUUUUUUAGCAAAA